CUGCAAUUGACAUUUCACAGAAGAGGGCGUGAGAAAUUUAAACAAUGACCAUUUUAUGUAAAGAAUUCUCCAUGGUUAACAUUUUGAAGGUUACUCCAGGAGCAUGUCUACAGCAUGUCAUCAUUGAAGGUGCCGUAAAACCAGCUAGAAGGCCUCUCAUUAGUUGGUACAACAAAGACAAUGUUGGCAUGCUGCACAAAUUCAUGGUGAAAGAACCCAGGCUGUUGUGGAACGGACUUUUACGUACAUGGACAGUAGUGAUGCGUCGCGAACGAAACAGCUCUUAGAGCCGGCUCUUUGAAGUUACACGGUAGUUACAGUCGCAGUAGCACAGGAACAGAGCAGGAGGGAGAGAGAGAGAAAGAGAGCCAGGGGCAAGAACAAGAGACAACCUCAUCACAUCAGAAAGGUAUAGUAAUCAUCCACGACUAUUUUCAUUUACGGAUGAUAAAGGAUUCAGAAAGUUUA